CAUAACAACCUUUGUCAAACAGAAAUGGUUUGUUUAUUUUUCCAGCGAUCAAACGAUUUUCGCACAGAAAUGUAGCCCAACUUUUCAGUUUUGGUUGACAACACAACAAAUUUGAAAUAUGUUGUCCCCGAAAGGCAAACGAACAUCAAACUUAGAUGUAAUGGCAAAUAUGGCAGCCUCCAGAGCGGCGGCUACUUACUUCGACAAGAUUGAAAGAUAUGAACUGCAAGAAACUUUGGCGCAUUCGUCUUAUGAUUGCCUGUUAUCGACCGAGGACACUAAAAUACCUGUAGAAAUGCCUAAAGGUUUGAUAAGUAAUAUGAAUAUUGCUUCGGACUCAGACAAAUGUCUAUUUUUAUUGCCAGCGGAAGAAGGCAUUGAUAGCCUAGAACUGAGAGAAGUUCACCAGAUCGUUAGAGAAUUAGUAACAGGUAUUUAUGUCCUUAAUCAAACACCUUCAGUGCAUUUAGAGGCUAAUUAUGAUGAUAGCACAGCAUGUCACCUACCUCCUGCCUACUGUGAUACUAGAGUUGGUCAACUCCUUAUUGAAGUUGACUAUUUGAUGAAAAGUUUAUGGCAUGGAGCUUAUUUUCCAAAGGAUAAACGCACCAAGUUUGCCGAACGUUGGAGACAUUUGGUGAAUUUAAACUCGCAUACAGGAGUCCCAGAAACAAAGCGGAACAUUGAACUGAUUUGGAUGGAAGCAGGGUUUAUGGACAUGUCUAAGGAUCCAAAUUAUUCCGCUUCUUUUAAAAACAUUCCAGACAUGGCAAGUAAUGAUGAUUUACAGGUUCAAGAACAGAUGCAUGUUUUUACUAAACACAUUGAAGAGCUGUCAAUGAUCAUGACAUUUCAUCAAAAAAGUAUCAAACAUCAUGACAGCAUGUUUCUUAUUGAUGCUGAUUACCACAUAAGUAGUGCUGUCAAAUCUGAUAGUAUUGACCUGAAAUCUGCUGAGAGAUUACAAAAAUAUCUUUCAAAACAUGAGAAAUUCAUUCAGGAAACUUUGCCAAUCAAGCCAGAAGUGCGACGCCAACUUCUUUUGCUGAAGUUAAUAAGUUUUCUUGUGCCAUUUUUUGUUGCACUACGGAAACGUUGCAAAAUCAUCAACAUUAAUAAACUACUACCAGGGUUCACUUUUGAAGAAUGUAAAACUGAGAGAGAGUUUCCACCUUUGGUGAUAUCAAAGAAUAACAAAUGGAAACAUUUUGUGACUGAUGAUUCAUAUAGCCAUCUUCAUGGUGGUAUCUUAAUUGACAGGAAAACUGCACCAGUUUCAGAACUUCAACAUGAUUUGGCACAACAUUAUGAUGAGAUUUGCAAUGAAGCACUGUCGAAAUUUAACAAAAUCAUUGAUGCCAAAUCACCAAUGUUGGAGAAAUACCCGUUAUCAACUGUUACCAUUUAUGGAACAGAGUAUUAUGCAAUUGCAUUUUACUUGGAGACAUUUUAUCCAGUUUCUCCUAAACAACCACUCUGGGUUCAUGCUCAUUAUGAAGAGAUAAAUAAGCUGAAGAGUAAGAAGCUGCCAAUUCAAGAGUACCUUAUUUAUGAACUUUUCAAGAAGAGGUUUGGUACUCAACAAACAAUGAAUCUCAAGCACCAUUUUGCUGGUCUCCAGGCAGCAUGUCAACGGGGAAUGGUGGGUGUAGCAUAUAGUCUAGGAAGGAGGCUCCCUGCAUCAAGGUUAUCCAUGCAGGAUGUAAGUGGUUUGUCACUGAUUCAUUAUGCUGCCAUGUACAAUUGGCCACAAGUUAUUACACUGCUGGUUGUAAAUGGUUGUGAUAUCAAUGCAAGAAGGUUUAAUAGCAUCCCAUCACAACAGGGUGUAGCUCCUCUCCAUCUUGCGGCAAAGUGUGGUGCACUUGACAGCUUAUCAUGCCUCCUUGGUUACAAGGCUGAUGCUUUGCUGUAUGAUAUCCAGGGUUGGUGUCCUGUACACUAUGCUAGUUAUUUCAACCAUCGAAGCUGCCUUGAACACCUAGUAUGUAGGAACAGGGACAUGUUGGAACUUAAGGCAAAAAGUGGUAAGAAUGAAACCCCAAUUUUACUGGCUGCCUCGAGUGGUGCUCUAGAUGCUGUGAAAUGCUUACUUUAUCUUGGUGCAAAUACACAAGCAGAGGAUACAGAGGGAAAUAACAUGGUUCACAUUGCAGCAUUACGUUUGCAUACAAACAUCCUUGAAUUCUUUAUUGGAAAGGAAGCAUCAACUCCAGAAAUGUCUGUUUGGAGAAUUCUUGUUGAUAUGUUGAAGUCAGGCAUUGCUAAACGACAGUUAAAUGCAGCCAAAGCACUCAAUGUUUUGUCUGUUGUCAAGGAAGAAUAUUGGAAAGAUGUUUUAGAAGCAAACGGUGUUCCCGCCUUAGUUGCCCUACUUGAUACCAAACAUGAAGUAAUUCAAGCCACAGCAGCAUCAGUACUCUGUAAUAUUGGUGAGAUCGAGGAGAUCCGUAGGGCAAUGUGUAAAGCAAAUGCUGUACCAAUCUUAGUUACACUUCUUCAAUCUUCGAUGCCAAUCAUUCAUUCCCGAGCUGCGGUCAUUCUUGCUGAUGUCUCGUGCGUAGGCAAUACCAUGGAAAGUGUUGACCAAGCGGGACUACGAUGUUUGAUCGCGUUACUCAAGUCAGACGUGGAACACGUUCUUGUGAAUGUUGUUAACUGCAUUCGUGUAUUAUGUGAAAGUUAUCAAGUCAUUCAAGAAACGUUUGCUCAUAUUGAGGAUGCCUUGGUCACACUUGUUGAGCUGCUUGAAACGAACUCCAAACGCCUUCAGGCUAACACUGCCUCUGCUCUUAGUGCGAUUGCCCGAGACAGUCGCAUCAACCAGGAUCUUAUUUCAUCGAUACCCGGUGCAGUAAAAGGUCUAGUUGAAUUGGUAAACUCCAAGAAUUCUGUAUGUCAGGUGAAAGCAGCGAGCGCCAUUGAAUCUAUGGCUCAAAGCAAUUUUAAUGUUCAGAGAUUGGUAGAAGAUGCUGGAGCCGUUAGACCUCUUAUAAGGUUGCUCAAAAUAUGGUCCAUCGAGGUCAAAGAACAAGGAGCUAGUGCACUGUGGGCGCUUGCUGGCGAUACGUUAUUGCGACAAAAGCAUAUUGCUGAAAUGAUAGGAAUCAAUAUUCUCGUGGACAUGUUGAUGUUGAAGUCUGAAAAACUUCAGUUUAUCUCAGGAAUGGCGAUCAUCGCAUUAGCAAAAGAAAACUUUCCAAACCAAAGACUCGUUGUUAAAGGUGGUGGGAUUCCUCCACUUGUUCGUCUCCUACGAGCCACGUCCACUCCACCUAAGAUUCUGUUAAUGGUUGUUGAAGUUCUUGGUACUCUUUGUGUUGGAGUUGCGCAUCAAUCUCAUCAAGUCAUUCAGAUGGAAAUAGCGAAUGCCGAUGCUCUGCCAACGUUGGUUAAUCUAAUGCGGAAUUGUAAGGAUUCUCUGUUGCAGGUGGAGGUUGCCAACACCUUGAGCAAAAUAGCAUUGAAUAAUCCAAAAAGUCAUGCAAUUCUCGUAGAGAAAACGCAAUUCCAUAUUUCUGAGCUGCUUCAUCUCUUGCGGUCCAGUAAUGUUGACGUUCGUCUCAAAGUUGGAACGGCUUUGGGGACAUUUGGCUUCAACAACACAGCUACCCAAUACGCCAUUCGUAAUGCAGGAGGAAUUCCGAUGAGCUGUUUUGAAGAAUUCUUGGUUUCUCAUGACGAGAUACAAAGAGCUUAUGCUGCAUUUCAAACUGUGGUUUUGGCGCGUGUUAUUGAAGAUAGCGACCCGGUUGAACUAUCAGCUCGAGGUGUGGAGUGCUUAGUUGGGCUUCUCAAGUCUGAAGACGAAGCAGUAAAAACAUUGUCAGCAAGUUUAGUUGCUAGUUUAGCGCAUACCCGAGCUGGGAUACCUAAUGGUCUUAUCACUGCAGGUGCCAUCGGCUAUUUAUUUCAAAACUUGAUGUUGGCGAAUGAACAAGUGUGUCGCAGCGCGGCAGUUGCAUUAGGUUAUCUAUCAUUCGAUGGUUCUGGUGCACGUGAAAUGCUCGUGAUCUGUCGUAAUAAACCUGGAUUAUACUCGGCUUUGAAAAAGAACUUGGGUAGUGGGAAAAUGUGUAUGGAAUUUGUCGAUAGUUGGCAAAGAGCGGUAAACGUUGGGUUGCCGAGCAUCAGUUUAGAGAUCAACGGUGGACCACCAGUUCCUCGGCGUUUGCCAAUCGAAGAACGUCUACGGCGACCUAUGACUACACAAAGUUUACCAACAUGUCGGGAAAAAAAUCGUCGUGAGAGAAAGCUUGCUGUAAGAUCGUGUGCUUCAGCACCUGCUAUCGCUUCGUCCCACAGAGCCACCACAAGACCAAAGUCAGUAAAAUGGUUACGAGAAGGAGUAUCAGAGCAUACAAAAAUAUUAAACAUGAGGCCGACAGUUGAAAACAAGAUAAAACAGAAUAUAGCCAGUGCAAGUUGAAGAAAGUUAGUACUCUAAAUUGUUUUAGCACGAGAUACUAACAGCGUGAUAACAGCGUGACCAUAAACAACACGAAGUCAACCAGAUUUACCAGAAGUACCAGAUUUGGACUGUAGACUGCAAGAAGUUUUCAUGAAGUGUUCUACAGAACACUUAUAUAUACUGUAGUCAAUAAUAUAAUUUAGGAUAGACAAAUUGAAAUAAAAUAUUAUGCAAGGAAUGAAGCCUAUGGAGGUCUAGGAGAUGUCCUCAGUGCCUUGAAUGGCUACAACAUGGUCUUACGUUGUGUUUGCAUUAAAUUACAGAAUUUAAACACAAACAAACUCUAUAACCUAAAUUUAUUUAUGUAACUUUUAACUGUAAAAAUAUUUAUUGAAAUGUACAAAUUAUAAUGACAUG